UUUUAAAUAAAUUAUCAUUGCAUCUCUCUCGCUCUCUCCACAUUGCUUCCAUUUUCCCUCUCUUGCUAUAUAAGCAGGAAAUUGAGCAUAUUAUAGGAGAAAUAUCGAGAGAGGGUAAGGGACAGAGAACGAGAGAGAGAGAGAGAGAGAGAGAAGCAGAGGUGGUUAUCACGGUUUGAUGUUAUAGAAGAAGAGAAAGAACAACCAUGGCUGCUGGUUCUCCUUGUUUGACUGGUACUGAAAAGAAGCACUGGUGGCUUAGCAACAGAAAGAUUGUAGAUAAAUAUAUCAAAGAUGCUAGGAACCUUAUUGCGACGCAAGAGCAGAGCGAGAUCGCAUCGGCUCUGAGUCUCCUUGACGCGGCACUGGCACUAUCGCCUCGUCUCGAAGCCGCUCUGGAACUCAAAGCGAGAUCUCUGCUCUCGCUGAGGCGAUUUAGAGAUGUAGCCGAUAUGCUUCAAGACUACAUUCCCAGUCUCAAGAUGGCUAACGAUGAUUCCGGCUCGGUUUCGUCGGAUAGCUCGUCGCAGCCGCUAUCGAAGGAACGAGUCAAGCUCUUGCCUUCUGAUAACUCGUCGUCCGACUCAACGAGUCGGGAUCCGAUCUUCAAGUGCUUCUCUGUUUCGGAGUUGAAGAAGAAAGUGAUGACUGGUCUCUGUAAAAAUUGCAACAAAGAAGGGCAAUGGAGGUAUUUGGUUUUGGGCCAAGCUUGUUGCCACUUGGGCCUAAUGGAAGACGCUAUGGUUCUCCUCCAGACCGGGAAACGCUUGGCCUCUGCCGCAUUCCGUCGGGAGAGCUUCUGCUGGUCCGACGACAGCUUCUCGUUAUCGGACUUAUCUAUCUCCGGCGAAGUCUCUGCGACCACUACCGCUCUGUCCCCGCCCCGCGCGCUCGCUGAUUCGGAAAACGUAUCUCAGCUCCUCUCUCACAUCAAGCUCCUCCUCCGUCGUCGUGCCGCUGCCAUCGCGGCCCUCGACGCCGGUCUCUACUCGGAAGCAAUUCGCCACUUCUCGAAGAUAGUUGAAGGCCGCCGUCCAGCCCCCCAGGGCUUCCUUGCCGAAUGUUAUAUGCACCGCGCCUUCGCCUACAAAGCAUCCGGAAGAAUCGCCGAGGCUAUCGCGGACUGUAACAAGACUCUCGCACUCGAUCCCACUUGCAUUCAGGCUCUUGAUACCAGAGCUUCGCUUUUCGAAUCGAUCCGGUGCUUGCCAGAUUGUUUGCACGAUCUCGAGCAUUUGAAAUUGCUGUACAAUUCGAUAUCGCGAGAUCGGAAACUUCCAGGUCCAGCUUGGAAGCGCCACCACGUGAGGUGCCGUGAAAUUCCUGGUAGACUCUGUGCUCUGACAACAAGGAUUCAGCAAUUGAAACAGAGAGUCGCAUCGGGUGAGACUGCAAAUGUUGAUCACUAUGCUUUGAUUGGACUGAGGAGAGGCUGUUCGAGGUCAGAAUUAGAGAGAGCGCAUUUGCUGUUAACGUUGCGGCACAAACCAGACAAAGCGACCGGGUUCAUGGAAAGGGUCGUGUUUGCUGAUGAUCGUGAUCUUGAUUCGAUCAAGGACCGAGCAAAGAUGUCAGCAUUGUUGCUUUAUAGGUUGUUGCAGAGGGGUUACUCGAGUGUCAUGACAACGAUUAUGGAGGAUGAGGCGGCGGAGAGACAGCGGAAGUCUGCGGCUGCUUUACAGGCAGCAGUUCAAGCUCAACAGACCCAGGUUUCUAUGCCAGAACCCGAAUUGACCCAAACCGUUGAGAUUCGGGUCGAGAGUAAAACGACAGCGUCUUCUGCUAAUCAAAAUCCAUUCCAAGGAGUUUUCUGCCGAGACAUUGCUGCCGUUGGGAACUUACUGUCACAGGUUGGGUUUAACCGGCCGUUACCGGUUAAGUACGAGGCUUUAAGCUGCUAAUUACUAGUAAUUACGGAUUCAAAAUUGGAGAACUUGCUUGAGACGUUACCGGCAGCCGAAUCUCUAGGUCAUUUUCUCUCCAUGUACAAAGGAAAAAAAUUUGCUGCCGGGAAAUUUUGUCACUCUAUUAUGCUUUUUUUCCCCCUUUUAUAUUUUAAUUUUGUUGUACAGGAUUUAAUUUUGCAGUACUUAAAUCUCCACUUGUGGUUUAUCUUAGUCUUAUGGACUACUUACUAUAGAGAAGCUGGCUUUGGCUUCUCUUGUAUGUAUUAUAUGAACAUAGCAUUUAAUAUUUUCUUGCCAA